CGCGGAGGGGAGGGCCUGCGCGCGAGUCUCCUGGAGAGGAAGGAACCCGGCGCUAAGCGCGCUUUGAAACGUAAAAGUCUACAGCACCCUGGGCCCUAGAGGCGGAGCCGGAAGCUCUACGGGUUUCAGCACUGAGCCCCUCUGUUUUCGAAGGGGCAGCCCUCUUCCUCUAGCCCGGGGCUGCCUCCCCUCCUCCCCCUUCACCCGGAGGCCGAAGCCCCCAGCCUGGCCUGGUGGUGCUGCGGCAGCUCCCGGACCCGGAAGAAGCAUUAACUCUCGUCUCCGCCAUGGAGCCCACCGCGCCGUCCCUCACCGAGGAGGACUUGACAGAAGUGAAGAAGGACGCUUUAGAAAAUUUACGUGUAUACCUGUGUGAGAAAAUCAUAGCUGAGAGACAUUUUGAUCAUCUACGUGCAAAAAAAAUACUCAGUAGAGAAGACACUGAAGAAAUUUCUUGCCGAACAUCAAGUAGAAAAAGGGCUGGAAAAUUACUAGACUACUUACAAGAAAACCCAAAAGGACUAGAUACGCUGGUUGAAUCUAUUCGGCGAGAAAAAACACAGAACUUCCUGAUUCAGAAGAUUACAGAUGAAGUGCUGAAACUUAGAAAUAUAAAACUAGAACAUCUGAAAGGACUGAAAUGUAGCAGCUGUGAGCCUUUUCCAGAUGGCGCCACAAACAACUUCUGUAGAACAAAUUCAGAUGAGAGUAAUUUCUCUGAAAAACUGAGAGCAUCCACUGUCAUAUACCAUCCGGAAGGAGAAUCUAGCACAGCCCCCUUUUUUUCUACGGAGUCUUCCUUGAAUUUGCCUGUUCUAGAAGUGGGCAGAACUGACAAUCCCACCUUCUCUUCAACUACGCUUCCCAGACCUGGGGACCCUGGGGCCCCGCCUUUGCCGCCGGAGCUGCAGUUAGAAGGAGGAGGAACUUGUGCAAACUCUAGUGAGAUGUUUCUUCCCUUACGAUCACGUGCUCUUUCGCGUCAGUGACUGAGAUUACAGCCUUCUAAUUUUUUUUUAAUAAUGACAAAAAAUAUUUGAAAGGAUAUGAAUCUUUUUAUAGAAUUGCUAUAAUGACUUAACAUUUGAUAUGCGUCUUUUCAAAUGCAAUGGAAGCAUACUUUGUAAAUAGAGUCUUUUAGAAUAAAAGAAGCAUACUUUUAGAUAGCUAAAGAAAAUCAUGUUGAUCAUGUAAUUUUCAGUGUUUUCUGUUCUUUCCAUUUUUGAGGUAUCUUGAGUGUGUUCACAUUUUUUAUGUUUUAAGACUAACAGAGAACAUUGCUCUGUUUGAGAGUAGAGUCUCAGGCUGGGAAUAAUGUCUCAGUGCAGUUGUGCUAGAAAUUUUCGAGGUCUAAUAGUCCUUUCCAAUUCUUCAGUAAAUUUUCAGAUUAAGCUAUUUCUGGAUGGAAUAAAGCCAAUCACUGACAGGAAAACUGCCAGUAUACUGAAAAGAAUCUCUUUCCCACUCAGUUGGUCUUAGGGACACUUACAGAGUCCCCCUUUUUUUUUUUUUUAAUUAUUUUAUUUUAUUUUUGAGAGGGAGAGACAGAGCACCAGCAGGAGAGGGGCAGAGAGAGAGGGAGACACAGAAUCAGAAGCAGGCUCCAGGCUCCGAGCUGUCAGCACAGAGCUCGACAUUGGGCUCGAACUCACAAACCCGUGAGAUCACAACCUCAGCCGAAGUCAGAUGCUCAACUGACUGAGCCACCCAGGCACCCCACAGAGUCCCCUUCUAAUGUGGGGUGAUAUCAGAGAGAAAUGUUGAGGUUGGAACCACCAAAGAUCUCAAUUUGCCAAAAUACAUUUCUUACUCACCUUACUAAUAGUACCUUCUUAGGAUUUUCACAGUCUUUGCUUAUCAUUUUAAUUCCUACAUAAAAAUCUUGACAGAAGCCUGCUAUUGCAUAUAAUUUGAUGAGAUUUAAAAACGUUUUUCUGUGCUUUUCAUUCGCUUUUAAUGAAGACCACUAUACAAGUUGAAAUAACUAGGACAGUGUGUGUGUGUGUGUGUGUGUGUGUGUGUGUGUGUGUGUGUGUGUGACAGUUCUGUCUUUAAUAUUGUUUGGAACAAGUGGCCAUUAGCCUUAUCUGUCUUUUUGUUA